UCUCAAGCCGGACUCGGGCCGCGGAUCGCAACAAGGUUGACGCACUGAGGCAAAACCGGACGAACGACCCCAACCAGGAGAAUGUCUGAACCCAUGUACCGCGAUUGGAUUUUGGACUCUAUUGACUCACUGCGGUCGCGAAAAGCCAGACCAGACCUUGAAAGAAUUUGUCGAAUGGUCCGGAGACGACAUGGAUCAGCGCCAGAACAAACCAGCGAGGAACUCGAGAAACUGAUACAAGAGCAAACAGUCUUGAAAGUUAACUACAAGGGCUCGAUUUCCUAUCGAAAUGCAGCCAAAGUAGUCAGAAGAAGCAGGAAAAAGGAUGAUCAAACGACCAAAAGAACUGCCGUGGAAGAAGCUAACCACUCCGAUCUGAGCAACGGGGACAGCGCACUCGGUCCCAUUGACCAGGAUGAGACGGAGCAUUUGGAGAAUGAGGUUCCAGUGUCAAUGGAGACAGACAGCACCAUGGAAGAGGAGGAGGAGGAACAGGAGGGGGCUGAUGAAGAUGGCCAUGAGGGCUCCUCUCCCUCUCCUGGGGGUGAGGAUGCUGUGCAGGGGGGGUCUGGUGCUGCCCACCCCUACUCUGGCCCCUGCUCCCCCAGUGGCUCUCGCCCUGGCCACAGCCCUGUAUCUGACUGCCCCUCUACCUGCAAGACCAGUAGGAGGUCCAGCCCUCUGUCCCCCUCUAGUCCCCUGGCCCUCAGGCAGAAUCACUGUGUGUGUGACUCUACCUUCUGCCCUGCUGACCAUGGACCCUCAGGGAUGCAGAGAAACACAGGAAGUGGGGCUUUAAAGACGAUAGUACAGCCAUCAGGGACCUGUCCAUGGGUUCAGAAGAGCUUGGUGAAGAGAGAGGAUGGGGUGAGGAUGGAGGAGAGUGGCCUCACUUCUGACCAACUGGUUCCUGACUGUGUGGAUGAGACCAUGAAGGGUUCUGACAGACGGCCCAAGACGUUGUCUUUUCCAUCUGACGACUGUGCUAAAUACAAGAAGGGGAUGGACGUUGCUUCUUGCGUGAUGGCUCAAGACGAUGUCAAGAACGAUGUGAAAAACAGAGAAAUCUCUGUGAAGAAGGAGACGCUGAGGCAGAACUUAUUGCUGUGGAGCGUGGCGGACGUGGCCACCUACAUCUCUGCUGCAGGCUUUCCAGAGCAGGCUGUGGCUUUCAGAACACAGGAAAUUGAUGGAAAGUCCCUGCUCCUGAUGCAGCGCAGUGACGUGUUAACUGGCCUGUCCAUCAGACUUGGGCCCGCCCUAAAGAUCUACGAGCGCCACGUGAAGGUGCUGCAGAGGACCCACUUCCUGGAUGAGGAGGAUGAUCUGUGACCACGGUUGGGGGGAACAGAACAACACACUCCUCUGAGGAGCAGAUGUAUUCAUACAGUAUACACACAUACUGUGCUCACUGGAUCUCUAGAACCUUCUGUAACCGUUCAAGGAGGUUUGGGGAAAAGGACACUGUGGUCGUGACUUGGGCCUUGACAGUGAUUAUCAACAUGUCAACAUGGGCUUCUAUUCCACCUCUCUGGGGUACUGCUGUCACCUGACCCAUUCUGGUGGUAUUGCUUUUAUAGGAUCCCUCUCUAAACUCAUAUAGGAAUGUUAGGAUCCUGCCUAAGGACGCUAUAGAAGUCAAGUGGAGGUCUGCCUGUUCUGUAAGGGGAGGUCUGCCUGUUCUGUAAGGGGAGGUCUGCCUGUUCUGUAAGGGGAGGUCUGCCUGUUCUGUAAGGGGAGGUCUGCCUGUUCUGUAAGGGGAGGUCUGCCUGUUCUGUAAGGGGAGGUCUGCCUGCGGAGGUCUGCCUGGGAGGUCUGCCUGGGAGGUCUGCCUGUUCUGUAAGGGGAGGUCUGCCUGUUCUGUAAGGGGAGGUCUGCCUGUUCUGUAAGGGGAGGUCUGCCUGGGAGGUCUGCCUGGGAGGUCUGCCUGUUCUGUAAGGGGAGGUCUGCCUGUUCUGUAAGGGGAGGUCUGCCUGUUCUGUAAGGGGAGGUCUGCCUGUUCUGUAAGGGGAGGUCUGCCUGUUCUGUAAGGGGAGGUCUGCCUGUUCUGUAAGGGGAGGUCUGCCUGUUCUGUAAGGGGAGGUCUGCCUGUUCUGUAAGGGGAGGUCUGCCUGUUCUGUAAGGGGAGGUCCGCCUGUUCUGUAAGGGGAGGUCCGCCUGUUCUGUAAGGGGAGGUCCGCCUGUUCUGUAAGGGGAGGUCCGCCUGUUCUGUAAGGGGAGGUCCGCCUGUUCUGUAAGGGGAGGUCCGCCUGUUCUGUAAGGGGAGGUCCGCCUGUUCUGUAAGGGGAGGUCCGCCUGUUCUGUAAGGGGAGGUCCGCCUGUUCUGUAAGGGGAGGUCCGCCUGUUCUGUAAGGGGAGGUCCGCCUGUUCUGUAAGGGGAGGUCCGCCUGUUCUGUAAGGGGAGGGCCGCCUGUUCUGUAAGGGGAGGGCCGCCUGUUCUGUAAGGGGAGGGCCGCCUGUUCUGUAAGGGGAGGUCCGCCUGUUCUGUAAGGGGAGGUCCGCCUGUUCUGUAAGGGGAGGUCCGCCUGUUCUAUAAGGGAGGGCUGCCUGUUCUGUAAGGGGCGGGUCAGUGAGUGCAGCCAGUGAGAAAGACUUUCUGUGGAUUCCUCAGACUCUAGACUUGGCUACCACUGGAGCUUACUUUAAAAGACUGGUUUCUGUGCUCCCUGAGUCAGUUCCACAAGAAAAUAAUAACAUGUAUACUUGAAAUAUCUGUUCCAGCAAAUAUGGUCCUUGCAUUUCCUCAUUGUUUACUCACAGUAUUUUCUUAAAGACAUGUCAUAUGGUACCCUCCAUUUAUCUACAAACUCAACGUUGUUUUUCUUUUAUGAUGACAAUGUGAACUGAUUUAAUUUGAGAAUGUACAGUAUGAAUUUGUUGAUUCAUCAAAGGUCAGUGAUGUUGUCAAUCUCUCAUUAUACCUGCAAAGGAAAUGGAGCUUAGUCUCCAGAUGUUCUCAUGGCUUCACCAGUACUGACCUAGGGUUUAUUACUGUUGUUAUCUGUUUCACUAACAUUUAGAAAUAGCAAUAUGUAGUACCUUCUAAACUAAGGCAACAUAAUAUGUUAUUUGUAUGGUUGCCUUCUGCAUUCCUCUUCCCUUCAUUUAUAUUCAUGUAAUUUCUAAACAUUUUAGAUGAAUCUAAUUAAAUCUACUGUGGAUGAACCUAGAUUUCAUCUACAAAAUGAAAACAGUUUGAAGCAGAAUUCUAGUUGAAAUGGGCUGGCAGACCAGAACCAACGUAGGACAAGGCCCCAAUGUUUCUGCUGGAGUUUCUGAGGAGGGAGAAACAACUGAAAUCUGUUCUUUUUUUUUAAAAUGGAAAAUUAACCAACCAAAAAUUAACUUCAUAACUUUAGGAAGUGUCAUUGUAGCACUAAUACGUUUUCUUUGUUUACAAUCUCAACACAGCAACAUACAAUUCCCCAUGACAUGGUAGACAUCUUGAUCAAAUUCAACAUUGUUGUUAUCUGAGAGGAUUACAAUGAGGUCUCUUAAUUUUGCCUUGUGGCUUCGGCUUUUGAAACAACGUCACAUUCCAUAUUUCCAUCUGUUACGUGUUUGAUGUCACACUGUUAAUUGCUAUGUUGGCCCUGUUUCCAGGGGGGAAAUAAAGUGAUUGUCUUUUCCA